CAGCGGGAACAGAAGGCAGAGCCUGCUGACAGGUAGCCAGCAUGGACCCUGAGCCCGCCAGGGCCGGCUGCUGAGACAGGUCUCCCGGAGUCGCUCCCGAGCCUCUCCAGCUCCGGGUGAUGCCCCAGUUCACCUUCGCCUGUUUCUGUGGCCUCCACGGCUUCUGCAAGAUGAAGAGGAAGAAGGAAGAGGCCGGCGGGGGGCAGGAGACGGCCGUGUGAGGAGCAGCCCCGCCCGGGACCCCUCCUGUCCCCUCGGCUCCCCGAGGCAGAACCGGAGCCCGCCCUGACCUUGCCAAGGAUGUCACCCAGGUGUCACCCAGGUGUCACCCAGGUGUCACCCAGAUGUCACCCAGGUGUCACCCAGGAGCCGCUGCCACCCUGCCCGGCCACCCCGCCCCUCCCUCAUCCCGCUGGGAGCGACAAUUCCCUCCUGAUCCAGCCCAGCUCCAGCAAUUCCCAGCAGAGAGAGGCGGAAAAGUCCCAAAAACCGGCCCAGAGCUCGUCCUUGCCGGAGCCGGACGGUGCGAGGUGCAGCUCGUCCUCCCCAUCCCGGAUCCUGCCGGAAUUCCUACAAAUCCCUGGGCACGGAUCCCGCCGGAAUUCCUACAAAUCCCUGGGCACGGAACCUGCUGGAAUUCCUACAAAUCCCUGGGCACAGAACCUGCUGGAAUUCCUACAGAUCCCUGGGCCACGGAUCCCCCCAGAAUUCCUACAAAUCCCUGGGCACGGAACCUGCCGGAAUUCCUACAAAUCCUUGCCACAGAUCCCGCCGGAAUUCCUGCAAAUCCUUGCCAUGGAUCCCCCCAGAAUUCCUACAAAUCCCUGGGCACGGAUCCCCCCAGAAUUCCUACAAAUCCCUGGGCACGGAACCUGCUGGAAUUCCUACAAAUCCCUGGGCCACGGAUCCUGCUGGAAUUCCUAAAAAUCCCUGCCACGGAUCCCCCCAGAAUUCCUACAAAUCCCUGGGCCACGGAUCCCCCCAGAAUUCCUACAAAUCCCUGCCACGGAUCCCGCCGGAAUUCCUACAAAUCUCUGGGCCAUGGAUCCUGCUGGAAUUCCUAUAAAUCCCUGCACCACGGAUCCUGCUGGAAUUCCUACAAAUCCUUGCCACAGAUCCCCCCAGAAUUCCUACAGAUCACUGGGCCACGGAUCCUGCUGGAAUUCCUGCAAAUCCCUGGGCCACGGAUCCCCCCAGAAUUCCUACAAAUCCCUGCGCCACGGAUUCCACACGUUCAUGGAAGGAGCCUCCAGCUCCUCGGGAAGGCAGAAAGAUGAAUUUGUUCCCAGCAGCAAUAAUCCUUUUUUCAUCCCAUCACACCAAGCUUCCCUCGGAGCUGCCCUGCUCACGUUCCCACCGGGAAUUUGGGGUGCGUGCCCCCAGGCAGGGCAAUUCCCGCAUCCUGGUGGCAGCCAGGAGAUUAAAAAAAAAAAACAAAAAACCAAAACAAACAAAAAAAAACAAGCAAAAAAUCCCUUUUAAAAUCUUUUUUUUUUCCCCAGAAAAUCACCAGGUCAAAGCUGUCCCUUCUCCCUUCCACGGGGAGGAUUUUCUUCCAGGUAUUCCCAGUCUUCCUAUAGACCAAAAUAAUUUGUGGCUGCCCCAAAAAUCGGUGUUUUUCGCGAAUGUUAUGCCAAGGACGAAGCUCCAGGUGGGCUCAGGGAAUUUCUUGUUGCUUUGGGAAAACGCUGACUUUGUUCUGUUCCUAUUUUUGCACAUCAGCAUCCCCAGCGCUGCCCUUGGCGAGGACAAUUUGGGAUCAGCUCUGGGCCAAAAAAAAAACCCCACCAAAAUGCAAGGAAGUUGGUGGAACUCCAAGGGCAUUUCCUGAAUGUAACUUUAUUUUUGCACAAGGAUUUGUGGUGGCCGCACGAGGGAUGCAUUUAAGAAUUUAAACAAGUUGGGAUUAAUCCCUGCUCUGGAAAUGAUCAGGGGUGUAAAGAUAAGGGUGGAAUUCCAGCCUGGUUUUAUUCCAGGAUAAAUCCAGAGGGACAAUCCGACACUGAGAUACGUAGAAAAAUAUUAAUUACAGAGAAACGAGCUUGGACUGACUCCCAUCCCGCAGAUUUCUCCCGUUUCUCCAGGUUUUUCCUAUGCAAAAACACACAAAAAACCAGCAAAAACAAAGCCAGCUCAGCAGCAGGUCUUGACUCAACAAAGCCCGGCUUAAACCUGAGGCUUCGCCUCGGGAUUUUGCUCCACGCCAUCGAUUUUCCUGAUUCCAGCCUGGAUCGAUCCCUGGCAAGGAGGGAAAGGCACAGAACCCUCCUUGCAGCCUCUCCUGACACGGAUCCAAGCAUUCAAUCUCUUUUUAUUGUCCUUUUUUUUAAAUCCCUGCUGCCCGGAUUUCUUCGGGAAAGGACUCCCAAGAUGUUCCUCGGGAGUCUCCCGGCCCCAGGAGCCAUAGGAAUCUGUACUGUACAUUUAUUUUUUGGGGAAUUUUUUUUUUUUUGGGGUGGAGGGGAGGAGGGAAAAAUAAAUGUGGCAUUUGUAAAUAAGCACAGGCAUCUUUCACGCACAGAGCAGAGCGCUUCCUAUAGGAAUUCCUAUGCCGGAAGGAUUAAUAAAUAAUAAAUCAAAUAAAUCAAUAAAUAAAAAUAAAUAAAUAAAUAAAAUAUUUAUGAUAA